AAACAUUUUUUAUUAUUAGCAUUAUUAUUUCUUUUUGGUGGGUGUUCGUUUCCAUUUGUGAGCAGAGAUGAUGUUUUCCUCCGCCGGUAAGCGCUGCUUCACCAUCGAGUCUCUGGUCGCCAAAGAGAACCCUCUCACAGUCGAGGAUCCGGUGCGACCCACGGCGCUAAGUUACUCCAGCCCCGCCACAGAGGCGCUCAUGAACGGCUACCACCACCAGGCUCCGGCGGCCAGAUCGCUGUACCAGAGCCCGGAGCUGAUGUUUCCGGACACGGUCAACCAUCCGUCCCUCACCGUGGCUCCGCACCAGCUCACGCCGGCGUCACACCUGCAACACCCGCACUUCUUCGGCACGCAACACCCGCGCGACCCGCUCAACUUCUACCCGUGGGUGCUACGGAACCGCUUUUUCGGACACAGAUUCCAAGGUAACGAAGUGUCGCAGGACUCGCUGCUGCUUCACGGUCCGUUCGCCAGGAAACCCAAGCGCAUCCGCACGGCGUUCUCCCCCUCGCAGCUGCUCAGACUGGAGCGAGCCUUCGAGAAGAACCACUACGUGGUGGGAGCGGAGAGGAAGCAGCUGGCCAACAGUCUGAGUUUGUCUGAAACACAGGUGAAGGUGUGGUUCCAGAACAGGCGGACCAAGUACAAGCGUCAGAAGCUGGAGGAGGAGGGACCCGACAGCCAGCAGAAGAAGAAGGGAAACCACCACAUCAACAGAUGGCGCAUCGCCACCAAGCAGCCCAGCUCCGAGGACAUCGACGUGACGUCAGAGGACUGA